GGUAUCACCCAGCCACUCAUCUCAGGACAGAUUUAACAUUAUUUUGUAUACCUCAUUCCAUCGCCUGUCUUGUUCCAACUGUCCCAAACUCAUCGCAAGACAAUCGCCGGGUUACCCCACUUCGGCAUUCAGGGGUCAUCUCACGUUAUCCAUACAACCCCCAGCAAACACCACCCCUGCGGUUGAUAUGCACAUCUCUCGCACACUUCCGCACAACCCCAUCGGAACCUUCCCUCCCCGCCAUGCCCGCACAAUUCAGGCAAAAGUGAGUUCCUCCAACCUCCACUUUUCCCUCCGUUUUUCGUGCUACCCUCUCCACGAUCUUAGUUGCCGUUCUAUUUGUGUCUCGACUUCCCACCCUCCACAAGUCCUUUCCGUUUGUUGGUUAAGGCCCGGUCCGAGCGUAACUCAUGAAUGAAUGACAAGCAAAUCACAAUUCAAAUAAUGUCCCCGCUCACCGCCACCGAAUCAACCCCUCCUCAGCCUCAGCCCACCUCCGCUAUCAACGAAGUCAACUCCAACGACCUCUCGACCCGCAAUCCCGGGUUCUGCAAAACUGAAUCCAGCGAUACGGACCAGACGCCCUGGAGCAAGAAGACCGAGCAUGAUGUUGCGAGCGUCGAGGCAGAGACUUCAUGCAUUGAAGUCUCGUGGGACGAGCCCGAGGACCAUGACCCCGCCAAUCCACUCAAUUGGCCGAGUACACGGAAAUGGAUGAACAUUGGUGUUUUGACCUCCAUCACGUUUCUCACGUGAGUAUACUCUCUUUGUACAACUCAUACAACUCAAUCUUGGUAUGACGGAUAGCAAUUGAUGGAAACAGACCAUUGGCAUCCGCAAUGGUCGCCCCAGGCGUCCCAGACAUCAUGGCCGAGUUUCACGCCAGCUCCCCUCUCC